CCAAUCUCUCUCUUUCUCUCUCUCUCCUAUUAUGACUUCUUCUUCGAGUUCAUCCUCGGCCGUUAGAUCAUCGGCCAAACACGCGGCUGAACGGAUCCAACAACACUUGCCUCCCAGCAACCCCGCCUCCCUCUCUUCCUCUUCCUUGAACCUACCUUCUAAAUCCUCUCUCGUCGCUCCGAUCAACCACUCUCCCCGCCCUAAGGAACGAUCCUCCUCCGCCAUACCAUCCCUCUCCGCCGCGUCUCCUUCUACUCGCCGCUCCGGUACGCCCGUUCACCGAUCUCAGUCUAGAGACUUCGACGACGACAACGAUCCAGGGAGGGUGAGAGUUUCUGUUAGAGUUAGACCUCGAAACGGAGAGGAGCUUAAAUCAGAUGCUGACUUUGCUGAUCUUGUUGAGUUACAACCUGAGAUAAAGCGGCUUAAGUUGAGGAAAAACAAUUGGAACUCUGAGUCUUAUAGAUUUGACGAAGUGUUCACAGACACAGCUUCUCAGAAACGAGUUUAUGAAGGUGUAGCAAAGCCUGUAGUCGAGGGUGUUCUGAGUGGAUACAAUGGAACAAUUAUGGCUUAUGGUCAAACUGGCACGGGGAAGACUUACACAGUGGGGAAAAUUGGUAAAGAUGAUGCAGCUGAGCGUGGUAUUAUGGUUAGAGCUCUUGAGGAUAUACUUGCCAGCGCGUCUUCUGAUUCUUCUGUUUCUGUGGAGAUCUCCUUUUUGCAGCUUUAUAUGGAGACUCUACAAGAUCUUCUCGCACCUGAAAAAGGCAAUAUUCAAAUCAAUGAGGAUGGGAAGACUGGGGAAGUGUCAGUACCAGCUGCAACAGUAGUUAACAUUCAAGAUUUAGACCAUUUCUUUCAAGUUUUGCAAGUCGGUGAGACAAACCGUCAUGCAGCAAAUACAAAGAUGAAUACAGAAUCCUCACGUAGUCAUGCAAUUCUUACGGUUUACGUUAGGCGGGCUAUGAAUGAGAAGGCUGAAACAGGAACAAAAUCGCCAAAACCUGAAUCUUUGGGAGAUAAAGGCAUUCCUAGAGUUAGAAAGAGCAAACUUCUAAUUGUGGAUCUUGCUGGCUCAGAAAGAAUAAAUAAAUCUGGCACUGACGGCCACUUGAUUGAAGAGGCGAAAUUCAUUAAUCUUUCACUGACGUCGCUGGGAAAGUGCAUAAACGCAUUAGCCGAAGGCAGUUCUCAUAUACCGACUAGAGAUUCUAAGCUAACAAGGCUUCUUCGUGAUUCUUUCGGGGGUUCUGCAAGGACUUCACUUAUAAUAACAAUUGGGCCGUCUGCACGGUAUCAUGCAGAAACAACUAGCACAAUAAUGUUCGGACAAAGGGCAAUGAAAAUAGUAAACAUGGUAAAGCUUAAAGAAGAAUUUGAUUAUGAAAGUUCGUGUCGGAAGCUUGAAACUCAGGUGGACCAUCUUACUGCAGAAGUUGAAAGACAAACCAAACUACGAAAUAGCGAGAAGCACGAGUUGGAGAAAAGAUUGAGAGAAUGUGAAAACACUUUCGCUGAAGCAGAAAAGAACGCUGCAAGGUGCAAGUUCCUGGAGAAGGAAAAUGCCCGCUUGGAGCUUCGUAUGAAAGAACUAUUGAAGGAUUUGGAAAUGCAGAAAGAUCAGUGUGAUCUAAUGCGUGACAAAGCCACACAAUUGGAGAUGGACUUGAAAAAUACAAAGCAACAACAACUGGAAGGUUCAGCAUAUAAGGAAAAACUUGCAGAUGCCAGUAAAGUAUAUGAGAAAAAAAUAGCGGAUUUGGUUCAGCGGGUUGAGGAUGAACAAGCCCGGUCAACAAAUGCCGAGCAUCAAUUGAACGAAAUGAAAAAUAUUUUAAGCAAUCAGCAGAAGUCUAUUCAUGACCAAGAGAUGGGCAACUAUCAAUAUCAAAGGGAACUUGCGGAAGCCACUUACACAUAUGAAUCUAAAAUCACGGAGCUGCAGAAGAAAUUGGAAGAUGAACAUGCUCGGUCUAACUCUGCAGAGGAGCAACUUAGACAGAUGAAAAUGAUUAUAAGCGAUCGCCAAGUUUUAUCACAGGAAAAUGAAGAGACGAACGAACUCAAGAAAAAACUAGAAGAACUUUCACAGAUGUAUGAGUCUACAGUAGAUGAACUCCAGACAGUGAAAUUAGACUACGAUGAUCUGCUCCACCAAAAGGAAAAACUUGGUGAAGAGGUUCGGGAUAUGAAGGAACGGCUUCUUUUGGAAGAAAAGCAGAGAAAGCAAAUAGAGAGUGAGCUUGUCAAACUAAAGAAUCUAAGAGAAAGUGAAAUUGUUGUUGAGGACAAGCGUAUGAAAGAAGAUAUUCCAAAAGGACCAUCAGAAUCUGGAGCUCUACCAGGCUCACAGAGAUCACAAGGAUUAAAGAAGUCUCUAUCUGGUCAGAGAGCUACCAUGGCAAGACUUUGUGAAGAAGUGGGAGUUCAGAAGAUAUUACACCUGAUUAAGUCCGAAGACUUGGAAGUUCAAAUCCAAGCUGUUAAAGUGGUGGCUAAUCUGGCCGCUGAAGAAUCUAAUCAGGUCAAGAUUGUGGAGGAAGGGGGUGUGGAAGCUUUGCUUAUGCUUGUUCAGUCAUCUCAAAAUUCAACAAUUCUUAGAGUGGCGUCUGGUGCAAUCGCUAAUUUGGCAAUGAACGAGAAGAGUCAAGAUCUAAUAAUGAAUAAAGGAGGUGCUCAACUGCUAGCAAAGAUGGUGAACAAAACAGAUGAUCCACAGACUCUAAGAAUGGUAGCUGGCGCACUUGCUAAUUUAUGUGGAAACGAGAAGUUUCUUAAGCUCCUGAAAGAAGAGGAAGGCAUCAAGGGACUACUCACGAUGGCGCAAUCUGGAAACAUAGACAUCAUAGCUCAAGUGGCAAGAGGGAUGGCGAAUUUUGCAAAAUGUGAAACUCGCGAAAUUAUGCAAGGGCGUAGAAAAGGUCGUUCUCUUCUUCUGGAAGAAGGUGCUCUUGAAUGGUUGACUUCAAACUCACAUAUUGAAUCCGCUUCAACGCAACGUCACAUUGAGCUUGCUCUUUGCCAUUUAGCUCAAAAUGAGGAAAACGCAAAUGAUUUCAAAAGAACGGGAAGCGUGACAGAGAUCGUAAGAAUAUCAGUGGAGUCGAGUAGAGAUGACAUUCGCAGCUUAGCAAAGAAGAUACUCAGAUCAAACCCUCACUUCUCAAAAUAAAACA